UUUGAACAGAGGCAGACAGGGGAAGCAGAAUCAGUGGCUAGACAUGACCUUAGAAUAAAUUUGAGGAGUAACCCGAUGGUUUCAAACCACGGACCUUGAACAUCUGGAUUUCCCUUCGUAUUGGAUAUUUAAUUUAAAAGGAGGUGUUGGAGGAAUAUCUCCCCUCAGCGUUGGACUCUAUCUACCAGUUCCUCAGCAUAAAACCAUACCUGGCGCAGGUCUCAGAGUCUCCUUAAUCUUAUUUGUAGAUAGACAGCGAGCCCGGCUGGCGACACAUUAGAGUAUCUUUAUUUAAAGCGCUUUAACAGAAAAUGUGAAUCCCUGCCUUCUCCGUGAGGGAGCCGAAACCCCGUCGUUGGCAUCUGAAACAGCUGGCUUGUGUCUAGAAAAUUGUGGAUUAACGAUUUUUUUUUUACCCCUUAUCCAAAGGAACCUCGGACGUCUUUCAGUGGCCUGUAGCCACAAUGAGCGUCGAUUUAAUUGAAUUAACUACAUGAGCGGUGUCAAAAGAAACGCGUUUCUCUCCGAUUUAAAAAGGGAAAAAACCCAUAUCUGCUGAAAUAAACGGCGCCAGGAAAAUAUGGAAAACGAGGUGUUCACUCCUUUGCUGGAGCAGUUCAUGCUCACACCUCUGGUCUGCUGGGUGAAGACGGUCGGACACUCGACGGUGACCGAUGGCACCAAAUUAUCGGAAUAUAUUGAAUUAGUGGAUGGGAUUUACCUGAAUGAGAUAAUGCUUGAGAUAAAUCCCAAAGCCACAGUGCAGCGCACCAACAAGAAAGUGAACAAUGACUCCACACUGCGCAUCCAGAACCUUUCUAUUCUCAUCAGGCAGAUUAAAUCCUACUAUCAGGAGUGUCUCCAACAGCUGGUGAUGAUGCCUUUACCAAAUGUGCUGAUACUGGGCCGGAACCCCCUCUCUGCACAAGGUCUGGAAGAGAUGAAGAAACUGUUGCUGUUGCUACUAGGCUGUGCUGUCCAGUGUGAGAAGAAGGAAGAGUACAUUGAGCGUAUCCAGACUCUGGACUUUGACACCAAAGCUGCCAUAGCAUCACGUAUCCAAGAGGUGACUCAUAACCAAGAAAAUGUAGUGGACCUGCAGUGGUUGGAAAGUGGUGAAAUACCUCCAGAGGAUCUGGACAGCCUCUCCAGAAACCUGGCUUUCCACCUCAAGCGCCUGGUGGAUGAAAGGGACACACAGCUUGAGACUAUAGUCGAGCUUACCCAGGAGAGAGACUGUGUGCAGCUCUCUCCACUGGCUCCCUGUUCAACCCAGUCUCCCGGUGACUCUCCCAGUAUGAGGAGGACUGAGAGCCGACAGCACCUCUCUGUGGAGUUGGCUGAUGCCAAGGCCAAGAUAAGACGCCUUCGGCAGGAACUAGAGGAGAAGAGUGAGCAGCUUUUGGACACCAGGCAGGAGCUUGAGAACAUGGAGGUCGAGCUCAAGAGACUUCAGCAAGAGAGCUAUCAGCUGCUGUCAGAUGCUCGGUCGGCUCGGGCCUAUCGUGACGAGCUGGAUUCGCUCCGAGAGAAAGCGAUACGCGUGGACAAGCUGGAGAGCGAGCUGAGCCGAUACAAGGAGAGACUUCAUGACAUCGAGUUUUACAAGGCCAGAGUUGAGGAGCUGAAGGAGGACAACCAGAUUCUGCUGGAGACUAAGACGAUGCUGGAGGAGCAGCUAGAUGCUAGCAGGACCCGGUCCGACAAAUUACAUCUCCUGGAGAAGGAGAAUCUACAGAUCAAAUCAAAGAUCCACGACCUGGAGAUGGAGCGGGACAUGGACCGUAAGCGAAUGAAGGAGCUGUUAGAGGAGAACCUUGUGCUUGAGAUGGCCCAGAAACAGAGCAUGGAUGAAUCCCUGCACCUUGGAUGGGAGCUGGAACAAUUAUCAAAGACACCAGAGCUAACAGAAGCCCCUCAGAAGUCUCUGGGGGAGGAGGUGAAUGAGCUAACGUCAAGCCGUCUGCUAAAGCUGGAGAAAGACAACCAGACCCUGCUGAAGACGGUUGAGGAACUCAGAGCAGCGGCCAGUCAGGACACUGUGACAAAACUGGUCAAAGCUAACCAGGAAAACCAGAAGCUGAGCAAGAAAUUGGAGUCGUUGGAGAACGAACUGACAGCAGACAGAGAGUCGCUCCGCAGUGCCGAAUCUCUCAGUACUGACCUGAUGAAGGAGAAGGCUUUGCUGGAGAAGACUCUGGAAACCCUCAGAGAAAACUCAGAGAGACAGAUGAAGGGUCUCGAACAGGAGAACAAGCACCUGAGCCAAACCGUGUCGUCUCUGCGUCAGCGCUGCCAGGUGGGUGCCGAGGCCCGGGUCAAGGAUGUGGAAAAAGAGAACCGUAUUCUCCACGAGUCGAUCUGUGAGACAACUGCCAAACUAAAUAAGAUGGAGUUUGAAAGGAAACAGCUGCGCAAAGAGCUUGAAGUUAUGAAGGAGAAAGGAGAGAGAGCAGAAGAGCUGGAAAUUCAGAUACAGAAGUUGGAAAGGGAAAACGAGAGCCUGCAGAAGAAAGUUGCCAGUCUUGGAAUCACCUGUGAAAAGGUGGCUUCUUUGGAGAAGGAGAAUAGUGAGCUUGAGGCAGAAGGCCGCCGCCUCAAGAAGAAGCUGGACACCCUGAAAAACAUGGCCUUCCAGCUGGAGGCUUUGGAAAAAGAAAACACUCAACUGGAGCAGGAGAACCUGGAGCUUCGACGCUCAGCUGAGAGUCUCCGCUCGGCGGGGGCUAAGGCUGCUCAGCUGGAGGCCGAGAACAGGGAGCUGGAGAGCGAGAAGAGCCAACUGAAACGCAGUCUGGAGCUGCUCAAAGCCUCGUCUAAGAAGACUGAGAGAUUAGAGGUGAGCUACCAGGGCCUAGAUACUGAGAACCAGCGCCUGCAGAAGGCUUUAGAGAACAGCAGCAAGAAGAUCCAGCAGUUGGAGGCAGAGCUGCAAGAGGUGGAGUCUGAGAAUCAGUCCCUCCAGCGUAACCUGGAGGAGCUCAAGAUCUCCAGUAAACGUCUCGAGCAGCUGGAGCAGGAGAACAAGGCUCUGGAGUUGGAAAGCUCCCAGCUAGAGAAAGACAAAAAGCUCCUGGAAAAGGAGAACAAGCGACUGAGGCAGCAGGCUGAGAUCCGCGACUCAAAGCUGGAUGAUAGCAACCAGCGCAUCACUACCCUGGAGAAGGAAAAUCGGACAAUGGGCAAGGAGAUGAUCUUUUUCAGGGACUCCUGUACGAGAGUCAAGGACCUGGAAAGGGAGAAAAAGGAGCUGGUCAAACAGGCCACGAUCGAUAAGAAGACCCUUGUCACGCUCAGAGAGGAGCUUGUGAGUGAGAAGCUGCGGACUCAGCAGAUGACCAAUGAUCUUGAGAAACUGACCCAUGAGUUAGAAAAAAUUGGACUGAACAAAGAGAGGCUCCUGCAUGACGAGAGCUCAGACGACAGGUUUAAGCUCCUGGAAACCAAACUGGAGUCGACCCUGAAAUCAACUCUGGAGAUCAAAGAGGAGAAAAUUGCUGCACUUGAGGCAAGACUGCAGGAGUCCUCCAACCUUAACCAGCAGCUUCGCCAGGAGCUGAAAACGGUGAAGAAAAACUACGAGGCGCUCCGGCAGAGAGAGGAGGAGGAGAGGAUGGUGCAGAGCUCGCCCCCUAAAGUGGGGGAAGACCCUCAGGCUGUCAGUAAAUGGGAGAAAGAAAGCCAUGAAGCAACCAGAGAACUGCUGAAAGUCAAAGACAGACUCAUUGAAGUGGAGAGGAAUAAUGCUACUCUGCAGGCUGAGAAGGUGGCCCUGAGGAGCCAACUCAAACAACUGGAAACCCAAAACUCCAACCUGCAGGCUCAGAUAGUGGCUGUGCAGAGGCAGACGGCCUCUUUACAGGAGAACAAUACAACGCUACAGACGCAGAAUGCCAAACUACAGGUGGAAAACUCAACUCUGAGCUCACAGAGCGCAUCCCUGAUGGCCCAGAACGCCCAGCUGCAGACCCAGCAGAGCAGUGUGGAAGGAGAGCGUGAAGGAGCGCUGAGGGAGAAAGAGGAGCUGAGAGCUACCUAUGAACUGCUGCUGCGCGAUCACGAGAAGCUGGCAGCGCUCCACGAGAGGCAGGCAGCCGAAUAUGAAGCGCUGAUCGGCAAGCACGGUGGGCUGAAGACCUCCCACAAGAGCCUGGAACAGCAGCACAGGGACUUGGAGGACAAGUACAAACAGCUCUUGCAGAGAAAGGGGGAGCUGGAGGAGCUGGAGAAGAAUCUGAAGGAGCAGCAGGAAAAGAUGGCCCUGGAGAAUCAGACCCACCAAGCUACAGCUGACCAGUACAAACUGCUCAAAGAGGAAAAUGAUAGGUUGAAUAGCACCUAUCGUCAGCUCUUGAAGGACAAUGAAAAUCUCCAGCUGGACCAUAAAAACCUAAAGAGCCAGUUGAACAGUGCAAAGCUGGACCAAACCAAGCUGGAGGCUGAGUUUUCUAAACUGAAGGAGCAGUACCAGCAGCUGGACAUCACCUCCACCAAGCUAACCAACCAGUGUGAGUUGUUGAGCCAGCUGAAGGGAAACUUGGAGGAAGAGAACCGUCACCUGUUGGACCAAAUCCAGACUUUGAUGUUACAAAAUCGCACACUGCUGGAGCAGACCAUGGAGAGCAAGGACCUGUUCCACGUAGAGCAAAGACAAUACAUAGAUAAGCUGAAUGAGCUGAGGAGGCAGAAGGAGAAGUUGGAGGAGAAGAUCAUGGACCAGUACAAGUUCUAUGACCCUUCACCUCCACGCAGGCGCGGCAACUGGAUUACUCUAAAGAUGAAGAAGCUGAUCAAGCCGAAGAGCCGGGACAGGAUCCGGUCUCUCACACUGACUCCAUCUCGAUCAGAGUUUGGAGACAGUUUUCUGAUGUUUCCCCAGGACAGCCAGGACAGCUCAUCCAUAGGCUCGGGCACCAACUCGCUAGAUGACACGCUCUCACACAUGAGCAGCAGGAGGAGAGGGCAGCAGUCUCAUGCCCAAGUGCAGGGUUCCUCCAAUGCUAUAAAAAGGUUGCCUUUCAUGAGGAACAGAUCCAAGGACAAAGACAAGGCCAAGGCCAUCUACCGGCGCUCCAUGUCUAUGAAUGACCUGCUUCAGACCAUGGCAAUGGCAGGUGGUCCUGAGGCUCAGUGGGCGGGCAGCAGUGAGAAUCUAGACGGGGCUGAAGCCGGAGAUGCCAACAUGACGGGCAGCAGCAGGCGCAGCGGGCAGCGCAUGAAGGAACUCGCCUUUUCCACCAAUGCCAUUGAUUGUGCCACCCUCACCCUGCCUAGUUCAAGUCACAGUAGAGCCAAGCACAGGCUUCAGGUCAAAGACAAUGCCUCCUGCGAGGAUGUCGCCGGCUCAUUGGAUGAUCCCAAGAGUCAAGGGCCACAGAGGUAUAUGUCUCCCUGCCAUUUGAAUCGUUGUGCUGUUGGUCUGAGCGCUGUGUGCAGAGUGUCCUGUAGCAUCUGUACCGCCAGACCCUCCAGUCUUCAUAGCAACAGGACCACCAGUAGUAAUAGUAACAAUAACUCCCACCUCACUUCUCCUCUGGAGGGCAAAGGCACAUUGAACGGCAGUCUGAGCAGGCCUCACAGCGAGAGCAGCGGCGAGUUCAGCCUGAGUCUGGACCAGGAGGUGUGGUCCAGCUGCGGCAGCAGCCCCGUCCAGCAGCCCACCUCCUCACGCUCCUCCCACCAGAGCCCCCUGCAGCUGCGCAGAUCUCUUGACCCAUCCGCCGCCGCGGGCAGCGCGGUCCAGUCCCAGAUCAGGAAGACGGGAUCCCCAGGGAACGAGGUGCUUUCCCUGCAGCAGUUCCUGGAUGAGGGUAUUGAUCCUGCAGAGUCUGGCAGUCAGGAGAACCUCACUGUAGACUCUCCUCGCCUCUCCACCUCCUCUGAGCACGGCCAGAAAGAACGCACUGUCACAAAGGGCCGGGGCAUACUGCGCUCGUCCAGCGGAAAGGCAGCAGCAGUCAGCGCUGACCGGCCUCCGAGGUCUUCCGGACAACCAGGACGACCUUCCCUGCGGAAGGCCGAGAGCACACGCGUGAAAGGCUCCGCCCCGAUCCGCGCCAGCCUGUCUUCACAGGGCAAAGCGACCUCUGUCUCCGAACGGCUCGAUUCAGCCUCCUCCACCCUGCCCCGGGCCAGCAGUGUCAUCUCCACUGCUGAAGGUACCACACGGCGUACCAGCAUCCACGACCUGCUGUCCAAGGACAACCGGCAGCCCAUUUCGGUUGACGCUCCUGCUGCUGCUGCUUCCACCAGGGCUGGGCUACGCUCGCAGCCCACACCCAGUGAGUACCACCCCAACAGCACCAACCUUAAGGGACCCCUCACCACCAUCACCCCCAUGCCCAAGUCAGUCAGCUUACCUUGCAAUAGCUCGGAGGACCCCGACCUCUCCACCCUUGAGUCUUUCCUCGGCCCUUCCUUCACUGUAGAAUCUGUAUUCAUGGACUCCAUCUUUAGUGAGUCAGCAGACAAAAACCUCCCCUUCCUUUCUCUUAACCCCACCUUAGUCAGCAACAUCAGCGGGCCUCCUGUUACAAAUAAGACCCACCCUCCUCCUGUGCCGCAUCACAUUCGCACCCAAAACCAGACCCCCCACAGCCAAUCAAACGGCCAGGUGAGAUCCAGCGAGGGUGUUGAUCAGAGUUGUGUAAAUAAUCCGGAUCAGUCACUGAGCCCAGAGGAGAGGGAGUCUCUGUGGUACGAGUACGGCUGUAUCUAAAUGACGGGGAGGUUUCUGGUUUGCUGAUUUUAAUACUUGACUUGAAGAGGGAGGAACAAAAGGAUGGAUAAAGAGCAAAGCCAUUUCCUCUGCAUGUAUUUGUCAGAGUACUGUCUGUCUCUGUGUGGUGUAUGUGGGUCAUUUUUCCCUGUUUGCUAUGGUGCUGAUUGGUGACUUUACUUUCAUUUUUAAUAUUUUUUAACCCCCAUUUUCUUUUCUAUGAUGCGGGACUUUGACUGUUCUUCCGUCCAAUACCCUUUCACACAUUAUUUUUACCUCAUCAGAUAAGUUUUACCUGGCUAACAUUAUACUAUUAUCUGCUGCAGUGAGGUGAUACAUUUUAUCUUGGGAAUGAGAAGAAAUAGAGAAUUAUCUAAAGCUUUCAUGUGAGGCCAGAACACACAGAGCAAGUCGGUUCAAGUCACACCAGGAAUCAUAAAAACAGCAGGAAAAGCUUUUUUUUUUUAUUUUUUAUAAUGAGCAUAAUGAGCAAAGCAUUCUGGGGCAAUUUCUACAUAGUAAAGUCAGAUAAUAGGUUCACUUUGCAUUUUCUGUUUAUUAUGGUGAUUCUUGGCAAGUCCCACUUUUCACCUCCUAAAUUGCAUGGCUUUGUUUUGUCUGUUUGACCUGAAACUUUCAUUUGGAUUGCUGUGAUCAAAAUGGUUUUCAUCAGUUUGUUUCUUAUGAUGGUGUGUGCUGUUUGUUUUUUACAUUUGAUAUCUUUUCUGUUUUUCUUUGCUGUGUACACGUUCACUGGAGUGUUUGCUCCCCUCUGCAAAUGGAUUAAUAUGAUCUGGUGGAUCUAAGCUGACCUCCUGGGCUGGUGACAAAAUGAUGAAGCUUCAUUCCCAAAACAAUCAGGGCGGCAUUUUUAGUUUGAAACGUGAAAGUUGACGGAGAGGACACAGAAUACAGCAUGGCAAUAGUGAUUUGGUUUCACGCAGUUUAUGAUUGUUUGGGGGUAUUUUAAUUAUUUUUUUUAGAACGUGGAGUUGAUACUGUAAGUUGAUUCAUUUGAGGUUGUUUUGUGAAUGAAGCGAACAUCAUUCCUUUUGGUAUUUUCUCCUGACACGCCACAAGUUGGAUAACUUGAGGUGAUAUUUGAGACUGACCUAUCUUGUAUAGACUGCUAUCAUUAAGUUAUAAUCAAAGACGAGCACUACAUGUUGUGCCAAUACUAGUUGAACUGCCUGUAUCUACGUCCUUAUUUAUUUCUGCUUUUGUACUCUUUAGUUGCUGUUUUGAAGUUGCUAUAUUGUAUUUAUCUUGAUUCAAAGUAUCCGCAGGUAUGAAGUAAAUGAAAAUGGUCUGUCAUCACUCUGCAGAUGUAACAUAAGCGUUGCCUUUGUCCUACAGAUGUGGAGGGCAGAAAGUCUAAAAGCAGGAGCGGGGAGCCGCAGCAAAGCUGCUAAACCCUGUCCCCCCCACCCUCGUCUGUCUGCUACCAUGCUGUGAGCGCGUGGUGAGUGAGCGAGCGGGAGGAAAAGGGGGAGGGGGGUGGGGAGGGUGGGGUCAGUCUUGUCUCCAUGGGAACCUAAAACAUGGUGUAACAGAUGUCGUCCAUCCUGCUGUGCGCUUGCUUUCCCCUGCUUCUCUAAGCUGUUACCCUUCUCCCUCACUGUCCUGUCCAUCCCCUCACUGUCACUGUGGUGCCAAACGCCUGUUCAAGGAGCCUGAUGAGACCCGUCUGCAUGGCAUAUGGGCCAUUUUACCGUGUAGCUCUCAGUGUAUGCUGCUUCCCCCCCCCCCCUUGGAUCUCAAAUCCCUCGACAAGACGAGCCAUUCGGCUCCAGCAGCUCACCGUUUCCCACUCCUUCAUAAAGCAUCUCAUGCUGUUGGCGACUGCUGAGUGAAGAAGUCGGUGUUUGCAGGCUGCUUAUUGUUGCUGCAUGGCUUUGGUGUAGCGCUCAAAUCCUUCCCUCUUGCAUGUAGAUCCAGGCGUCCUUCUGUGUUCCCUUGUCACGUCUCUGUCUUUGCUGGUACAGCUUCUGAUCUCUAACUUUCUCCUUUGUCUGUUUUCCAUCUCCUUUCCUCCUUUUAUUUUUCUCAACUUUCUUGUCAUCUUUCUUUUCCUAUUCUCUCUACUCCUCUUUGCUUGCUUGGGACUCAGAGAAAGGUGGCCUUGGAGCUGUGUGUCUGAAGCCUAGUAGGGUGAAUCUGCUGAGACCGUCUACAGUGAGAAAAGAUUGUAAAAGCCUGUCUCACCCCCCCCCCCCCCCCUUUUUUUUUUUUA